UCCCGCUGCUGCCGCGCUGAUCCCUGUUGCCUGCAUCGCCUCCGCCAUGAACGACCUCUUCUCGUCGAGCUCGUUCAAGAAGUAUGCGGACGCGAGCCCGGCGCCGUCGGCGGGCGACAUGGAGACCGGCGGCGAGAGCGUGGUGAACCUGGACAAGUUCUUCGAGGAAGUGGAGGCGGUGAAGGAGGACAUGCGCGGGCUGGAGGAGAUGCGCAAGCGCCUCCAGUCCGCCAACGAGGAGACCAAGACGGCGCACGACGCCCGCACCGUCAAGUCCCUCCGCGCCCGCAUGGACAAGGACGUCGAGCAGGUGCUCCGCCGCGCCAAGGCCGUCAAGGGCAAGCUCGAGGAGCUCGACCGCUCCAACGCCACCUCGCGCAAGGUGCCCGGCUGCGGCCCCGGCUCCUCCACCGACCGCACCCGCACCUCCGUCGUCGCCGGCCUCGGCAAGAAGCUCAAGGACCUCAUGGACGACUUCCAGGGGCUGAGGGCGAGGAUGGCGGCGGAGUACAAGGAGACGGUGGCGCGGCGGUACUACACGGUGACGGGGGAGAAGCCGGAGGACAGCACGAUCGAGGCGCUCAUCUCGUCGGGGGAGAGCGAGUCGUUCCUGCAGAAGGCCAUCCAGGAGCAAGGGCGCGGGCAGGUGAUGGACACCAUCUCGGAGAUCCAGGAGCGGCACGACGCCGUCAAGGACAUCGAGCGCAGCCUCAUGGACCUGCACCAGGUGUUCCUCGACAUGGCCGCGCUCGUGGAGGCGCAGGGCCACCAGCUCAACGACAUCGAGAGCCACGUCGCGCACGCCAGCUCCUUCGUGCGCCGGGGCACCGUCGAGCUCGAGACGGCGCGCGAGUACCAGAAGAGCAGCCGCAAGUGGAUGUGCAUCGCCGUCCUCGCCGCCAUCCUGCUCAUCGCCGUCCUCGUCCUGCCCGUGCUCGUCAACCUGCGCAUCCUCACGCUCCCCACCAAACGAUGAUAGAUGAUUCGUCUCCUCCAUCUCCCGCCGUGCAUUAAGAUGACCUCCUUCGUAAUUUUACCAAGGAUUUCCGUUUCUUUGUUUUUCGUCAGGCUUUUAAUUUCUUGGUAGAUGUAGCAGUUGAUUUUCACAAGACAUGCAUGCGUGUACUACUUAUUGGGAUGGCAUGGCAUUGGCAUGCAUGCAUGGGCGUGUGAAUUAAGCUGUGAUGUGAAUUACAGUGAUUGUAACAGUUUCAGUGAUUUGAAAUCGAAGCCAGCCGAUAGGUGCGUUUGAUCGAUCA